UUCAUAUUGCUGACACCGCCGUCAUCACGCUCUUUCACUUCCGAUAUACAGCACCAGCGUAGCUUCUUGCUGACCCAACGGCCCCUGUGAAAUUUUCUCUGCUGCCUCAUAUAUGCCUGUCGGCGCAGCGGCAUUGCCGCGAGUUUUUGUUGGGCCACGCACAGCUUCGACGAUCCAACGAACGACGACGGUGACGGCCGCGACAAAUCCGCACUGCCCACAAUGCCUUCGACCCAUACUGUACCGGUCGUUUCAUCACAGCCGGCGGAAGCUGUACCAUGCCACACUCCAGCGAGAGCAGUCAGCAGUCGCCGCCGCCGUGUCGCAGGCGAAGCAGCUUUUCCACGCCGCGCCUCCGCCAGGACCCAUGGGCCUCGACAUUGACCCAUUGCGGAGUGUUGCAAAAGAGAUGAAGUUCAUGACGGGCAAUAUACGACAGCUGCUCGGCUCAGGCCAUCCCAUGUUGGACACCGUCUCGAAAUACUAUACUCAGUCCGAGGGCAAAUACGUACGGCCCAUGCUGGUGCUUCUCAUGUCGCAAGCCACCUCACUGUUCCCACAACGCCCGCGGUCACGAGCUAGCAUGCAGCGAAGCGUCGACACGCCCAUCUCCUCGCCCUCCGUGCUCGCCGAUGCAAAUCCCUCGUCACCUCUCACAGCACCCAGCGCCGAAACCGCGGAGCUCGCCUCCGAUGAUUCCGUACUACCAUCCCAACGACGGCUGGCAGAGAUCACCGAGCUCAUCCACACUGCCUCUCUCCUGCAUGACGAUGUGAUCGAUCACUCCGAUGCAAGGCGGGGGAAUCCGUCUGCGAAUAUCGAGUUUGGCAAUAAGAUGGCAGUUCUGGCCGGAGACUUCUUGCUCGGACGAGCAUCCGUGGCCCUGGCCCGUCUACGCGAUCCAGAGGUGACGGAAUUGCUAGCCACGGUCAUUGCGAAUCUCGUCGAGGGAGAAUUCAUGCAGUUGAAGAAUACGGCGACGGACGAGAGAUAUCCCACCUGGAAUGAAGAGACGAUUACAUACUAUCUGCAAAAGACAUAUCUCAAGUCUGCUAGCUUGAUCAGCAAGUCGUGCCGUGCUGCAGCAUUGCUGGGAGAACACCCACGGGAAGUGGUGGAGGCUGCGUAUCAAUACGGCAAGAAUCUUGGGCUGGCGUUCCAGCUGGUCGAUGAUAUGCUGGACUACACCGUGAGUGGCAAGGAGCUUGGAAAGCCAGGAGGCGCAGACCUAGAGCUGGGUCUUGCAACUGCGCCUCUACUAUUUGCGUGGAAGGACAACAAGGAGCUGGGCACGCUGGUCGGGCGAAAAUUUUCGGAGAAAGGGGAUGCGCAGAGGGCACGAGACAUCGUGAUGCAGAGCAACGGCAUCGAGCAGACCCGAGCACUGGCGCAGGAUUAUGUUGAUAAGGCUGCUCAGGCCAUUGCUGGAUUUCCAGAGAGCGAAGCCAAGAUCGGGCUGAUCAACAUGUGCUCCAAAGUAAUGUUGCGGCGGAAGUGAGUUCAAUACCUACCUAUGUGGCGUGAUGGACUUCAGUAAACAUCGAUGUAUGAGGCUCGUUAUCCGGUGUUGUGGCAGGGAGCAUUGCCCGGUCGUCCACCCAUUUCUUGUUGCGACAGGCUUGUAUAUUCAGCAUGUACAUAUACUCCCACGGCCGCUAGACUUUACAUAUACAGUCAGGUAGAACAGAGGACACGGA